UACUUAUAAGUUACAUUCAUUUGUUUUAUUGUUUAUGUGUGCCAGAACCGGUUCUAGAAAAUAUUAGACCUGCAAUUCAAACUUUGGUUGGAAGCAAAAAAAAGUUAAAACCCUUAAAAUUUUACCACUAGACCAAAAGAAAGUUUUGGAAUUUUAUGGCCGAAAUUGUUCUUAUAAUUAAGUGGCUAAAAGCAGUGGCUUAUUCGGCUUGGUCCAAGGACCGGCUCUAUGUGUGCCUAUAAAUACAUUUUGCAGUAUCUUUAUGUUCUUAGUAAGUUUUUAUCAAGCAACUUGUUUUCAGUAUGUAUUGAUAAUAGACUGACUGUUUUAUGUUGAAACAUAAACAACAUGUUUGUUUGAUACUUAAAAUUCUACUUUUCAUCAAAAAAUAAUAAUUGUUAAUGCAGACGACAUAUUAUGCAGUAUAUAAUAAUAUUUUAAGCACAGAACAUAAUUCUUUUUUUUUUAACACAGCACAGAACAUAAUUCUAAACAUAUAUAAUAUCACAUUAUUACUUACGUUUUAAUUAAUGUGGCAAUCUUCUACAAUAUAUAUAUAUAUAUAUGGCAGCCUAUCAGGCACCAGCAAAUGUAUUUUUAUCACAGGCGUAUACUUUUUGCUUUAUUAUAAAUGAUGUUUAAAGUUUUUUUUAAUACGCAUGUCAAAAAUUUGUUACUUGUACUAUAAUACCCGGUCUUAUUUAAAUUCAAAAUUCAAUUAAAUAUGAAAUGAUAAAAUAAAAAUAAUCACAAAAUAAUUUUGUAUUAAAAUUAUAAAUAUAUUUAAAUAACACAAUAAAUUUUGUCUAAAAUAUCCAAAAUAUGAUAAAGAGGAAAUAAUACUAAACAAAUUGACAAGCAACUGAGCUAACAAUAUCCAAACAGAUAAACUAGCUUGUGUUUUCUCUUUCACAAUUAGAAAUACUUUUCUUUGAUCUAACUAAUUAUAUAUAGAAGAAUUUUUGAACUUAUAAAUUUCAGAAAUUCCAAAACUUUACUCAUAAACUCUUGCGGUAUCUAUAUAUAGUCAACCAUUGAUAGUGUUACAAAAAAAAGUGUUACAAAAAAAAAAGUCAACCACUGAUAAUAUCAUAUUCAAAAUGUAAAUCAUUUUUUCUUAAAUUGAAUUGAAAUAGUGAUCGUCACCAUCUUGAAAACUUUCAAGUAUCACAAGAUCACCAUCCAUAUUUUGGUUAGAGAAUUUUGAAAUACAUUAUAUACAUAUAUAUAUGUAAAAAUACUCACACCUGUACCAUAGAAAUGUGAAUGUAUAUAUAUGGGUUUAUUAUAGAUUGAAAGUGAGUGAACUGAAAGGACGGGAGAGGCCUUAGACAGCUUGUUUGUUUUCGUGAACAUGGAGCUUCGCUUUGCCAUGUGCUCUCUCUUCUUAUAUUCUUUUAUUUAUUCUUAUGUUUUAUACACAACUAGACAUUGAUUCGCGGGUAUUUAUUUUAUGUUUUUAGUUUUUUUUUGUUUAUAUUAAAUGAUGCAUUUGUAAUAUUAAAACAUAAAUUUAUAUUGAAAAUUAAUUUUUGCAGUUAUAAUAAAAAUUAAAAUUAAAAGUUUAAUAAAAUAUUCUGAUAUAAAUUUUAAAUUUCCUAAUUAAAAUAAUAUAGAGGUGGUCAAAUUUUUUUCCAAUUUAAAAAUCUAAGUUUCCUUAAAGACAAAGAAAAUAAAUUUAUAAAUAUAUAAAAUAUAUAAACAUAUUUGGAACUAUAAUUUCUAUUAAAAUAAAUUUGUUAAAGAAAAAUAAUCUUGCUAUUGUUAUUUUUUCUAGAACUUGAUCUGUGACCGUAUAAAUAUAUAUAUAUAUAUAUAUAUAUGUAAAUUAAAAUGUAUUACACAAUUGUUAAUAUAACAUUUUUAAACAUGACAACUUUAUUUAUUACUUUGAAUAAUUAUAUUUUGUGAUUUUAAUCGUCUAUUAUAUCACAAUGUAUAAUAUAAACAAAUCUAAUAUUUAUAACUAAUUGGACUUAUAUUAUGAAAUCAUUAUACUAAUAUAUGAAUAAAAUAUUUUAUAUUUUAUUUAUAUGUUAUAUAAAUUGAUUAUGAUGUGUGAUUUUUUAUUUUUUUAUUUAUUACUUGUAAAUAUUAAAAAUAUUGAAUAUGUUAAUAUGAAAUAUAUUAGGAAAUUUAGUUUGGCUAUGAUUUGAUAAAGAAAAUCUAUUAUUUAAAUUUUAAAAAGACAUUAAAUGCUUAAAUCUAUUAUUUAAAUUAGGAAAAGACAAGCAUUCUUAAAUAUAGGUUCAAUAAAUAUCUCAAUGAUAUUUUAAUGUAAAUAAAUGGUAAAAUUAAAAGGUAUUUCUAUUUUAUAUUUCUCUUUUAAUAAUAUAGAUAAGAAUGACACUGAAGAUGGAGCAUGAAGUGUACAUGCAAACAUAGAAAUUAAUAGAAAAUGAGAAAGCUACAUUCUAGGCAUAUAUGCGUGAUUGUCCACGGAUUUGUUUCGUAUAUAAAAUACCACCCAUAUGCUUAGCAGUCAAGUAGCUAGAUUUGCUUCUAUAAGUGUGUUUCUAAAUUAACCCUUAACUUUCAUAUUUGCUAAACUACAUCCCUAAUAGUGCCCUAGUUAAUAGCAAACCAAAGUUCCAAUUUGUUGGGUGAUUAGUUUAUAAUAAUUGCAGCUUACAGUCCAUCUGAAUUAUGAAAACAUGACUUUAAAAGCGUACAAUUAAAAGAUAAACGUCCAUAUCAAAUGUACGUGAGACAAAUGUGAACAUAUACAAUAAGGCAAUUAUUUCUAUAGCCUAUGUUCCAAUCAUUUAAAAAAGGUUGGGAUUACUAUUGACAAAAGAUACCUUGAUUUAAGGGUCGAAUAGUAACUAAAACCAAAACUGAGGCUAAUUAUCGAAUUUAGGGUAAGAUCGACGCAAUUUAGUUAUUUGCGUAUACACAAGAAUAGACAACUACGUACCCUGUGUGACCAGAUAAUAGUAAUUUCCUCUGAAGACACUAGUUCAACAUUAGUUUGUAAAUAUAAAAAUAUGUCAGACAAAAUAAAUAAACAUAUACAUAAAGAGUAUAAAUAAAGCAAGAGGGAGUCGACAAUGUUGAUGAUCCGUUUUCGUCGAGACAGAAAAUUUGUGGGAUCAAAGCUUUCCUGUAUGGAAAGGGAUUAAUCAAACGUAUACUCUCUCUCCUUUCUUGUUGUUUGUCAUUUACGUAUAACUAAUUAUUAGACUUUAGAUAAUUACAUUUUCAUUUGUUGAUAUAAGUCUGAAUUUGGGUCUUUUUUUCUUCUUCAAAACAACUUAAAUCCUCCUUUUUAUUGAAAGAGAUAUUAAUUUAACAUCAUGUUAUGUAACCACUAUUAUUACAGAAUUUCGUGAUAAACAAAUCUCCAAUUGUAAACCAUAUAACCAACGUACACAACUGAAGUUUACUAAUUCCGCAAUCGUACGUAUGAUACUAUUUAAAUAUAUGGAUAUGCGUGUAUGAAUCAUACAUAAAAGAAAAAUCAAUAUAUAAAACACUUUAUAUGUUGGAUUCUAUAGUGGUAUAGUGGUUCAAAUCAAAAGUGUUAAGAUUUUUAAGGAUCCCUACAAUUUCAGCAAUAAUUAACACCAAAUGUAAUAAGAAACGAUCACAUGUAUGAUGUAUAUAAUGAAUGAAAAAAAACAAAUUAAGAAUGGCGAAAGAUUUCACGUUUUAAUGGGGGAAUAGAUAGUGUAAACCUAUAGAUCUUCCAUCUUCGUUUAGACAUCUUAACGUUGCAUCGUAUUUAUAUAUAUCGACAUAGAACCUCUAGAAAUUAGAAACCGCACAUACUGCAAUAAUAUAAAUCAUCAAAACUAAUCUCUUAUAGAAUUCAACUAUGGCUUCCUCCUAACUUUCUACAAACUAUCGAGUAUCCAUUUAAAAAACAAAGACUUAUGCGUUCUAUUAUAUGAUUUUUGAGUAAAACUCGAUUAACAUUCGCAUCUUUAUUUUUGCAUAGGCACUCGGCAAAAUAAAAAUUACAUCGAUUUAUGUCAAGUCUUGUACCAAUAUAAAUAGCUCAUCUACUCAUCAUAGCUAGACAGAGGUAGAGCCUAGAGCUAACGAAAAUGUUUUUUAUUAGAGCAAAUUAGCUCAAUACACUAAAAAGAGUGAGAUACCAUUGAAUUAAGGGAAAAUAGUAGUGAUGGGGGGAAAAAUUGAAGAAAAAUAGUGUAUGGAGUGCAAAUAGAGAGGAAGUUGUGUGUAGGGAGUACAAAUACUCUUUUUAUUAUUCGUCACGAGAAAUAAUUAUAAAAUGUGUUAAUCAAACCAAACAAAGCCACACAUUAUAUAAAGCCCAAAUUAAGACGAGUCUUUAAUUUAAUCAAUAGAUUUCUCUCUCACUGAAACAUCUCUCUGGAUUUUAUUUAUAAAUACGCUUACGCUUCAUCUUCUUUAAUCCACAAAACUCUUUAUCUCUCACACACAUACACACUGUAUUCUCUUCCCCUUAUUACAGAAAAAUGGAACUGUCGACUCAGAUAAAUGUGUUCGAAGAGCUUCUUGUUCCGACAAAGCAAGAAACCACCGACAACUACAACUACAAUACCAGCAUCAACAACCUGAGCUUUAAUGGCGGAUUUGAUCAUCAUCAGUUAUUCUCAAAUGGAUGGAACAUUGAUUACCUCUGUUUCGACAAUGAAGAAGAAGACGAAAAUACUCUUCUGUACUCAUCUUCUUUCAUGGACCUAAUCUCUCAACCUCCACCGUUGCUUCUUCACCAAACACCACCUUUACCACCACCCUCAUCUUCAUCUCCGCCGUUAAUCUCCUCCACGGCCUCAACAUUCGAUGACCCUUUUCUUGAGGCCCUACAAGAGAUUAUAGACUCUUCUUCCUCUUCACCACCAGUGAUGCUUCCAACUUCCCAAGAAGAGAGCUUCAUUAAUCACUCGUCGUAUCCAUCUCCACUGGUGGAGUCUGAUCAGAGCAAAAGCUUCAGUGUUGGAUACUGUGGAGGAGUAGUAGAGACAACAAACAAGAAGAAGAGCAAAAAACUUGAAGGCCAACCUUCAAAGAAUCUCAUGGCGGAGAGGCGUCGAAGAAAACGGCUUAACGAUCGUCUCUCUAUGCUCAGAUCCAUUGUUCCAAAUAUCAGUAAGAUGGACAGGACAUCGAUACUAGGGGAUGCCAUAGAUUACAUGAAGGAGCUUUUAGACAAAAUCAACAAGUUACAAGACGAGGAACAAGAACUCGUAGUUAGCAACAGUUCACAUCAUUCUAAGCUCUUCGGUGAUAUCAAGGAUCUUAAUACAAACGAACCUCUGGUCAGAAACUCACCAAAGUUUGAAGUGGACCGGAGAGACCAAGAUACUCGGGUUGAGAUACUUUGCUCACCCAAACCGGGAUUGCUUCUAUCAACUGUUAAUACACUAGAGACUCUAGGCUUGGAGAUUGAACAAUGUGUUAUUAGCUGCUUUAGUGAUUUCUCUUUGCAUGCUUCUUGUUCCGAGGUAGCUCAGCAGAGAGAUUUCAUCAACUCCGAAGAUAUUAAGCAAGCAUUGUUUAGAAACGCAGGUUAUGGAGGAAAAUGCUUGUAAGGAGUUAUUAUGACGAAAUUAAUGAACCAACAUACUAUUUAUUUAAUGCUUUCAAAAAAUUAGAAGUUUGGUGUCUAUUUCCAUUGCGAGCUUGAAUUUUCUAGGGGGAAAACAUUAUGAGUUGUUAAAAGAAGGAAAGAAAAAGAUAUUUUCUUGGAGAUUAGAUUUGUAGAUGGAGGUUAUAAUCUUAAUUAAAAGUUCAAGAUCGAAAAGUGUAAUGAUGUAUCAAUGAAUAAAAUAUUGAUUAAUAAAAGGUAAAAGUUUAUACUGAAUUCAAUAAUUGAAAUUAGGGUUUGUAGAUGACAGUGCAGAUGUCUCCGAUCAGAAAGAUACGUAUAAUAAACAGCGUAUUAAUCACAAAGUUUUAAUGGCUAAUGAUGGGAGUGAUUAUAAUGUUAAUCCCUGUGCCGUCAGGCCCACCAUCACACGCAUUCAUCAUUACAUGGUACUGUAUCAGUGUAUCAACAUUUAAUCUUACCGAUUUUUCAUAAUUAGGAAAGAAAAAGUUAAUUCACAGAAGCCUAAGGCGUAAGCAAAUAAACUGGACAGGCCCAUAGUUAUAAUGCUGUAUCAUUUGGGCCUUGGAAGGAAUAGAUAUUGUUUUUGACUGUCGAGAUCUUGCAUGGUUUUUGGAAGUAGAGAAUAGUUUCUCUCGAUUUAUUUAAUGAAACAAACGGAAACUAUAAUAAUUGGACUAAGAAUCAUCGCAUAUUUGGAAUGAAGUUAAACUCCCAAGAAAAGGAAAAUACUCACACACAAAACAUUAGUUUUUAGUUGAGAAAUGACUCCACUUGGGCACUAUGAAACAACUUGUCACAAUAACGCUCACUACCACAAUGAAAAGAAGGCUACCCACAAUCCGGAAACAAAAGACCAUAAAAUAUGUUCAUCUCGUUUUCUUAGUUAGAUAAUUAUACUUGAUCAGGCAAUGAUUAGAAAACUGAGAAAACACAAAUCAAAAUCUCCUGUAAAAAUACAAUAAGACUGGUUUAAAGUAGCAAAUAUCAUCAAUGCUAUAUUAGUAAAGUCUAAUUACGAAUCUUAGUUAUGCAACUUGCACAAGUAUAGAUAUUAAGCGUGAACUGUAUAACAUUUGUCCACAUCCCUGUUUCAACAUCAUCAACAUCUUGGUACUAAUGAUGAAACUUUUUUGAAUUGUGGUUUAUCCCCACAAGUUGUGUAGCAGCCCUUUUACAAUCAUGCUUGACAGAUAGUAUUACAGAAACAAUAAAGUCAAAAGAGAAAUAAUAGAACAUAUAUGAAUUGAUGGUUACUUUAGAUUUUUAACUAUGAUAAAAAUCUAAUAAAUUAGAAAGCAUCAUAUAAUACUUUCAAAUUAAUUUUGCUUGUAGAUAACAAUAUUGUCGAAAAUACAAGAAACUAUCAAUAACACGUGAAUAAUCUAAUUUAAUGAUCUUUACAUGGAAAUGAAAGAAUCUGGAGUUGGUUACUUUAGAUUUUUAACUAUGAUAAAAAUCUAAUAAAUUAGAAAGCAUCAUAUAAUACUUUCAAAUUAAUUUUGCUUGUAGAUAACAAUAUUGUCGAAAAUACAAGAAACUAUCAAUAACACGUGAAUAAUCUAAUUUAUGAUGGAUAAUAACCUCCAAGAGGUUAUAGUCCACAAACUACAUUAACUGGCAUUAUUUAACAUCUGAAUGCUUUAUAAUUAUUUGGCCAAUCCCAUGUUUCUAAGCAAAUUGUGUGUGUAACACCAAAAGAAAACAGGGGUUGGUAUUAAUCCAUGUUUAGUUUUAAGAUCGUAUUUAGAGAAAAUACACAAUCUUUUUGUUUUAUGUUCGAAAGUGAAAUGAACGAUGUAUUUAAUAUCAUUGUAGCUUCCUGCUAAUAUAUAACAAAGAGAGAGAAAAAAGAGAAUAAGAAGAAUGAAGAAAAAUGAAAAAGGUGGCGUCAGAAAUAAGGGAGCGAUAAGAAAUGUUUCCCCAUGUGAUUUGAUAUUCUUCAAUCUCCGGCCCGCGCUUGUCUUGCUUAUCAUCCGUACGUUUUACAUUAUACUCCGCUUUUUUUUUUUUGAAGAUAAUUAUACUCCGCUUUUCAUCCAUUUAAAUUCAUUUUCUUCUAGUUUAAUUUAAAUUAUUUCAAUGACUUAAAAAUUUUCAUUUGACUAUUUAUUGUUGAGUUAUUUGGAAGGUUUUGUAUUUUCGAAUAGUGAUAACUAAUUCUUUUUUCGUGAAAAAAUGAAAACGUUCAUGAAAAUGCAUGUUUUCUUAUUUAUUAAUCAUAUUAUUCAAUAUUCUCUGCAAUUAUAGCUCUAAAAACAAAUAAAGAAAUGAAAUGGCAUGAUCCCUAGGUUUCAGCGGUGAUUGCGGUGCCCUCACAUGCUUUCAUAUGACUACACAGUAUAAUAAAUUUGUUUUUCAUGAUAAUAUAGUAUUUUCAACAGGAAUAUAUAGAAUAAAAUCUACUCUCUCUUUUUUUUUUACAACUCUAGUCAAUUAAUUAUACGAGUUUUCCUCCAUCUGUUACACAAACAAAAUAAUUCGUAAGGCACGAAAUAAAGAAACAUCGUUUUAAAAAGGUAGCUUAAAUGAUCCAUAUUCCUUUUUCUUAACUAAUUGAGCAAUAUUCUUUUUGUUUUAUAAUAGGUUUAAUUCAUAAAACAUCACAUAUAACCAUUUGUAUAGAAUAAAACUUGAGAUCAGAUAUACUGAAACAAGAUGCUUUCAUGGGAUUGUAAGCAAAAUAUUUAAUUUUGUUUUAGUUUAAUUUAGCUAAUUAAUUAAUUUUAAAUAUAAAUUUGAAUACUCAUAAAAUAAUAUGGGAUAUGAAAGUUUCUUUAUAAAAAAAAAUAUCUUAGCUGAAAAAUUCUAUUUACUCUAUUCUUCAAUUUUUUUAAUUUAUUUUUGGUGACUUCAUAAUCACUUUGAUUUCUUAGCGCGUAAUGUAUAUAACAAAUAUUUAAUACCAAAGCUUUGUUAAUUGAUAUUUAUAAAUUUAUUUGCCAAAUAACAAAAAAAAAGAUUAAUUUUUUAAUAAAAGAUUAGAGAGAGAUAAGAAAAUAAAUAAAAAGAGAGAUGAUGUUUUUGGUUAGAUAUCGAAUUUAUGUUUUUUUUCAUGGUUAUAAGAUGCAAAUUCUUUAUUAAUGGGCUUAUUGAAUACCAACACAAUAAAAUACCCGUAAACAACAACAAUUUACAAAAAUAAAAUAAAACGGUUGUUGAAGAACCGCGAAGCA